UCGGUUGCUAGGGGUGGGUCUCCGUCCGAUGCUAACGCACCCCCGCCUCUACCUCCGCACCCCUGGGCUUAUAUUCGGGCGCUGCCGGGGUCCCGGCUCCGGCUGCAGGAUGGCGGGCGCUGAGGCCGCGCUGCUGCCUUACCCGGUUCUCCUGUGCGCUCUGCUGGCGGUCGGGCUCCAGACACCGGUGGCAGGAAGGACUCUGAGAUUCGUCAACCUGGUUUAUCGUCAUGGUGAUCGAUCUCCUGCCAGAGGAUACCCAAAAGAUCCAAUUACGGAGAAGGAUUGGCCCCAAGGUUUUGGGCAGCUAACCCAGGUUGGGAUGAGGCAGCACUACGCACUGGGCCAGUAUCUGCGAAAUCGCUACCGCGGCUUCCUCAGCUCCUCUUAUGACCGACGUGAGAUUUACGUUCGGAGCACAGAUUUUGACCGGACUCUGAUGAGUGCUGAGUCGAACCUUGCCGGUCUGUACCCUCCGCAUGGACGUCAGAUCUUCUGUCCUGGCCUGAGGUGGCAACCGAUUCCUGUGCAUACGAUGCCUGUGGAACAGGACAAGCUCCUUCUAUACCCAAUGAAGGAUUGUCCUCGCUACACAAAAUUGGUUGCGGAGACGGAGAAAACGGAUGAAUACAUAAAGAUGGUGAAGCUAAAUAAGAACUUUCUGGCCAUGCUGUCUAACGCCACUGGGGUUCCCAGGGACCAGAUGUCAUUCAGAUAUGCUUGGUUGAUUUACGACACCCUGUUAUGUGAGCAACUUCACAAGAAAACCUUGCCUUCCUGGGUGACGUCCUCAGUCAUGGAGCACAUGCGAACACUGAAGGAAUUCAGCUUCGACGUCGAUUACAGACUGUACAAGCGAGAGGAGAAAUCGCGGCUCCAGGGAGGUGUGCUCCUGAAACAAAUUCUCCGAAAUAUUGAACAAGCGCGGAACACGUCUCCCACAACAAGUCCCAAGCUGAUGGUGUACUCGGCGCAUGACACAACGAUUGUAGCUCUUCAAAUGGCUCUGAGUGUUUACAGCCUUGCUCCCACUUAUGCUGCCUGCCACAUCGUCGAGCUGUACCUGGAGGACGACAGGUCCUUCACUGUGGAGAUGUACUACAGGAAUGAAAGUUCUUCUGCACCAUAUCCCCUCACUCUCCCAGCCUGCACCCAAAGGUGUCCCUUGGACAAGUUCAUCCAGAUUGCCAAAAAAGUGAUACCUGAUGACUGGGAUAAGGAAUGUCGCCGUACCGGUAACCACGUCCCAAUAGAGCUGAUCCUGGGCCUGGCUGUGGGCUGCUGCCUUCUCCUGGUGCUCAUCCUCCUGGCCGCAUUGCUGCGUCUCCACGGCAAGGAUCGACACCUGAACUACCGGAAAGUGGCCGAGGACAAUGAAAACCUCCCGAGAAGGGCCUUGAUCUGAUGAGGACA